CAUAAUGAUACAUAUACAUAUGAUAAUCGGAUUAUUCCAUUACUUCGUCGUAUGUCAAAUCUUGAACAAUUACUUUUAUGUCUUACUAUUAGAAAUCAUAAUGGUUUAAUUGAUGGUACUCAUCUUCAAAAUGAAAUUUAUAGUUAUAUGCCAUUUCUUAACAAUUUUGCAUGCGAUAUUCGUACACGAAAUUUAAAUUAUGGGUUAUUACCAAUUUUAUCGAAUGAUGAUAUUCAACAAACUCUUUCUAAUAUUAGAUAUGGACCAAUGAUUGGUAGUAUACGAUAUUUUUUAACAAAUAGUGUGCUUUGUCAUGUCUUUACACUUCCAUUUGCAUUUGAUCGUUUACAAUAUCUUACAAAUAAUCUUCCAAAUGUCUUAUUUGAUCGUGUUUGUUAUUUGUCUAUAUUGGAUAUAUUAUCAUUUGAACAUGAGUUUUUUAUUCGAUUAUCUCAAGCUUUUCCAUUACUUAAACAUCUUACUGUGAUAAAUUUAACAGCACAACAAAAUAAUGAUCAAUCUUAUUCAAUUAUUGAAUUUAAAAAUCUUAAUUAUCUUAAUGUUAUGGCUGCAGAUAUUAGUUAUCUGGAACAAUUUUUACUUAAUACAAGAACAUAUCUUCCUUCGUUAAUUGAGUUACAUACCAAUUAUGGACACUUAAAAAAUGUAACAGAAGAUUUUACUAGAGAUGCUACACGAUUUAAUUGUACUAAAAUAAAGCAAUUAUAUACAGGAGUAAAUUUGAUGUAUUUAAAUGAAUAUUUUCAUUAUUUUCCUUUGUUAUCAAAUUGA